AUGGUCCUGUCCUCCACCACUCCACUUCUAUCUUCUCCAUCUUCCAUAACAGACCUGCAACAAUGGGUCAAUCAUAUCAACAAAACCUUCGAAAACUAUCUUCAGGUCGACACCAAUCUUCCCAUUUGCAUCUUCCAGCUACCAGAAGCCAUAACCACAGAUAAACCAGAGUCUUACGUUCCCCAACACAUCGCUCUCGGACCAAUCCACCAUUUCCGAACCGAGCUCUACAGCAAGCAAGAGCAGCUCAAACUCAUCACAGCAAGAACCGUUCUAAAGCCCUACAACAUCACAUCCAAGUUCGACCAAGCCGUACUCGUGACACUAAGAAAAGUGGUUCCAGAAGCUCGAUGCUGCUAUGAUUUGUACUUUGAUAUUGACGAUAACACCUUAGCAUGGGUUUUCGCCUUAGAUGGCCUCUUCUUGCUUGAUGUUUUAUCAAAAGAAACAGAAGAAGGUUCAUCAAUGUCGACUUUCAAAGAUGUUAUGAUGGUUGAAAACCAAAUCCCACUUGUGGUGUUAGUCGGACUCAUGAAUGCUCUCCAGGUACCCUUCGACAGUUCUUCUCUUUUCAACUUGUUGGUUAUAUUUUGCGUAGCUCGAUCGCCUCUUAAGUUUUCUACGCAGAAAACCCAACUCGAUCUUGAUAUAAACAGCAGCUUUCAUUUACUCCACUGCAUGUAUCACUUGAUCAUAAACGAUAAGUUAGCACCUACAAACCCUUUUCUUCGAUACAAUUUACGGCUUGAUGUACAUCUAGAGGAUGUAGAAAAUGCAGUGCAAAUCGCCCAAGGGUUAUUCCCUGGAGCAAAUGUAGUUUUGCAGCCUGUUAUGCUCAUCUUGAAAUUGCCAUGGGACAAGAUUACUAGUUUGUUCAACAAAAUGUUGGGAGAAAACCCUACAUCACUCGAAGUCGAUAUCCCUUCGGCAUCAAAACUCGCAAGAAUCGGGAAGAUUGAAUUUUGCACGACCCCUGGAGGGAUUCGCGAUAUUGAAUUUGACGAGGGAAAGCUCGCAUUUUCGCUCCCCGUGCUUGAUUUAAAGUCUGAUUCGGAAGUUAUAUUGAGAAAUCUGGUGGCCUACGAAGGGUUAAUGUUCAAGAAAGGUACCAUUCCGAAUCUUGAUUUCACGGAGUAUGUGGAUUUAAUGUGUGGGAUUAUCGAUAGCGUUAAGGACGUAAAGAUUCUUCGUGAAAAGAGUAUUAUCGAAGGCGGUUUGGGGGACGAGGAGAUCGUGAAACUCUUUAAUGGGAUUACCAAAUCGAGCACAGAGAAACAAAACUCCGCGUUGCGAAAGACAGUUGCGAAAGUGAACAAGCAUUUUGGUAAUGUACCGAGGGUCAAAGUUUAUCGCUAUGUCAAGAAGGUGUUUCUUGCGUCAUGGAAGAUUUUCGCAAUCAUUUUUUCUGUGGUGAGUCUUGUGUUGAUGAUCAUCGAGGGAGUGUGUCAAGUUUACAGGUGUAAGGGUCAAUUUGCGCUCGGAAACUCUUGGCACGGUAUCGGGAAUAACCAGCUUUCGGACUUUUAG